AUGACCGAUAGAGGGCGUUUCAAAUUCGUCUGCAACUGCUAAUAGACCUGAAGUCUGAGUUGUUUUUUACUGAGUUAGCUGCUGUAGAAGCUCUAGUAUUACGAUGAAUAAAAAACUGCAGAUUUCAACAAUUUUGGAAUUUAUACAAGGUACCAGUUCGAGUAAUUGUAUAAAAGAAGGGGAAGCAAUUUUGGCUUCGAAACGACUGAUAAUGUGCGGUAUUAAGGCCCGGAAAGAUGAAGAAAUCGCGAUACAAGCAUUAUGUCUUCAAUCAAGUUCGACUUCUUCACCGCCGCACGUGGUUAAUGGAGUAUUCAUUGAAAAUGAAAGCAGAUGGAAAAUUAAGUCCUUUCAUUGUAGCUGCAAAGCUGGAGCAGGAGAAUCUUGCAAACAUUGUGUUUCUGUUAUGUUAUUCUGCCAUGAGAACGAUAUUAAUGAGCUGGAGGAUUUAUCUGCCACAGAUAUGAAAUGCAGUUGGAACACUAGGAAGUAUAAGCAUUUAUAUACUCCUGUUCCUGUGCAGGAUUUCUGUCAUGUGAAAACACCUCCAGAGCACAGUUUCUGUGAAGUGAAAAAGAGAAAGGUACGUGAAGAAAUAUGCGAAUUCUUCAAAGACUCUGCAUAUGCAAAACAUCGGGCAAGGUUUCUCGAAAAGAAAGAACUAACAGAAAUGCCAAAUUUGAAUGCAGAUAACAAUAUCAAUGUCUCUAACGUAGAUUUAGUUGGUACAUUAAUUAAAGUUUUUGAAAAGAAUUUGAUUCCGAUGUGUAAGUUCGAUCUUCAGCCAGAAACACAACAAUUCUUUGCUGAAAAUGUACAAGUUACUAAAGAUGAAGCAAAAAAUUUGGCAUUAUCUACAAUUAAUCAAGAUUCAAAGUCAUGGCUUUGUGAAAAGCAGAAAAGAAUAACAAGUAGUGUAUAUUAUGAAAUAUUUACAUACUCUAAAAACAAAAGUCCUGACUGGAGUACCAAAAUAAAUAGGCUCCUUAAUUCUGAUUUUAGAGGCAACCUGGCUACUUUUUAUGGUUUGAAAUUUGAAGAUGCAGCAAGAAAUGCAUACAUAAAAAGCUGUGGUGAUUCAGUAAGUAAAUGUGGACUAAUUGUACACCCAGAAGCUCCUUUUUUUGGUUAUAGCCCUGAUGGAAUAAUUUUCUGCAAAAAUGGAGAUGUUAGAUACUUGAGAUAA